UGGGGGCCGGGGGUCCUGCUGCCCGGCAGGUUCUGGCCUCUCCAGCUCUGUGCUGCAGAGAUGUUUUUUGCUUCACGAAGCUUCUGUUGCCGUGGCAUUAGAACAUAUCAGCUACGAACAGAUUUGCUUUCCAGAUCCAUCAAACAUUCAGCCUCUGCAACAAUGGCCUUCAGACACAAAAACACAAGGCGAAUUGAAGGCCUUGAUAGCAAUGUGUGGGUUGAGUUUACAAAAGUGGCAGCGGAUCCCUCUAUUGUUAAUCUUGGUCAAGGCCUUCCUGAUAUAUCCCCUCCCAGCUAUGUUAAAGAAGAGCUGGCAAAGGCAGCAGCAGUUGACAGAUUGAACCAGUACACACGAGGCUUUGGACAUCCAUCACUGGUGAAAGCCUUGUCCCAGGUGUACGAGAGAGUUUGUGGAAGAAAGAUUGAUCCUCUCACAGAUAUCCUGGUGACCGUGGGAGCUUAUGGAUCUCUCUUUAGUACAAUACAGGCAUUAAUUGAAGAGGGAGAUGAGGUAAUAAUAAUAGAGCCAUUUUAUGACUGUUAUGAGCCAAUGGUAAGGAUGGCGGGUGCAAAGCCUGUUUUUAUCCCACUGAGAUGUAAAAAUAAUGGAAUCUCUGCAUCUAGUGCUGAUUGGGUCUUGGAUCCUGCUGAACUUGCAAAUAAAUUUAAUUCCAAAACAAAAGCAAUUAUUCUGAAUACCCCACACAACCCUAUAGGCAAGGUGUUUACCCAAGAAGAGCUCCAAGUAAUAGCUGAUCUCUGCAUUAAACAUGAUACCCUGUGCAUCAGUGAUGAGGUGUAUGAAUGGCUGGUGUAUAAAGGGAAUAAGCACAUUAAAAUAGCUACAUUGCCAGGGAUGUGGGAAAGAACAGUAACUAUAGGAAGUGCUGGGAAAACAUACAGUGUAACUGGCUGGAAGCUUGGUUGGUCCAUUGGCCCCGAAAACCUGAUUAAGCAUUUGCAAGUUGUUCACCAAAAUACACUGUACACUUGCCCAACUCCAUUACAGGAGGCUUUGGCACAGGCAUUUUGGAUAGACUAUAAGCGCAUGGAUGACCCAGACUGCUAUUUUUACUCACUGUCUCGAGAGCUGGAAAGCAAACGGGAUCGGAUGGCUCGGCUACUUAAAGAAGCUGGACUAAAGCCUGUCGUUCCAGAUGGAGGAUACUUCAUGAUUGUUGAUGUUUCCACAUUAAAUGUGGAUCUCUCUGAUGUAGAUGAGAAACAACCUUAUGAUUAUAAAUUUGUCAGGUGGAUGAUAGCAUCUAAGAAGCUGUCAGCAAUUCCUCUUUCAGCAUUCUGUGGUCCUGAAACAAAGAAACAGUUUGAAAAAUAUAUACGUUUUUGCUUCAUUAAGAAAGACAGCACACUAGAUGCAGCUGAAGUGAUUCUGAAGAACUGGAAUAAGCAGACAGGCUGAUUUUUCCUAUUAACUCUUUCAUAUGGUAUAAUUAUCUAAUAGUAGGGGAGUUUUAUUGGAAAUUUAAGAACAAAUUACUUAGUACAGAAUUAAUAUGACAUUGGAAAUAACUUUUUGCUGCCACCUGCUGAGGAAUUAAAGCAAUGAUUUACCUAAAAUGGGUGUAAUGCAACUCAGGUUAUUUUCAGUCUUUUCAAAGCAAUUUACUUUUUUCCUAAAAAAAAACCAAACCAAACCAAACCAAAAAAACCUAUGAGACUCACUUCUUUUAAUGAAAGAAAAAAUGUAGAACUCUGUGUAAAAUAAAAAGAUUAUAUGGGUAUUUUAAAGUUUACAAGAAAAAAAUGGGAGGUAUUUUUUUAUGAGAUAGCAUAAGAACUAAAGAGAGAGACUUAGAAACAUCAUGGUUUGUGAAAUCAAAUAACCUACAGUAGAGGAAGAUUAAGACAUGCCUCAUGUUAGAUAAUUGCAGUGACUUUCUACAUACCUGCCUACCUACCUUGUCUGUGCACAAAUUGCAUCAGUUUAAAUAAAAUGGAAAGUGCUAAGUUGCAUAGUUACUAU